AUGAUUCUGCUAGAAACGUUACCCGCCAAUGACGAUCAAACCCGAAAAGUUCUUUCGAGAGUGCCUGAGUCACCGAGCCGAAAGAACGAUAAUCCCUUGACUCCGACCUCAAGGUCCCUUCGUGGUGCUCCAUCAGAUGUUUCGGAGACUGGUACUGGAGAUACGGUUCCAAGCUCCAUAGCUGAUGAGGCUCUCCCCCAGACAGAUUCUUUCCACACCCUAACUAACAAAUCCCUCAAUGACCAUAAUACUACUCUAGAUACUGGAGUGGUGCAGCAAACAGAGAAAAGAACAUCAAAACCUAUCGAGGAUGAAAGUGUGGAUCCGAAGGCUGUAAUUAUUCGUGCAAUUGGCCCUCUGGAUGAUUUGAACGGUUCAUCGCCCAUAUUCAAUUCCGAGCAACGGGAUCAGAAUAGAUCAGGACUACAAAACUCUCGAAUCAGUCCACUCAGAAGGCAUACUUCACCGCAAACUCAUAGGGAUGCUGGAUCUAUUGCGGAACGACAAGGUGGAUGCCCCUCCAAGGCCAAAAUACUGCCAAACACCGAUCACCAGGAUACGCUGGAUCAGAGCUAUAUUCGUGUGUCUGCAAGAGCAAAUUCCACAGCCGACAUUCCAAGACUUCGAACUGCCAAUAAAGACUUUUUCGAUGACGAGAUAACCAGGAUGAGGAAUUCUAUUAUUGUUAAACGCAAUAUAAAAAAGAGGCAACAAUUAGAUCAUACAGAAGAUGAAAAUGUGUUUUUGGGCAACAGAAUCAGUGAGGGGCAUGAAAAUUUCGUGAUGGCAUAUAAUAUGUUAACUGGUAUCCGUGUCGCUGUAUCGCGAUGCUCGGGGAUGAUGAAAAAGAUCCAUGAUGAAGAUUUCAGAAGUACAAAGAAAUUGACCUUCAACAUGGAUGGUAAUGAAUUGACACCAUCUUCAAAAUAUGACUUCAAGUUCAAGGAUUAUUGCCCGGAAGUAUUUCGUGAUUUGAGAUCUCUUUUUGGCGUAGAUCCAGCUGACUACCUUAUAUCAAUCACAGGAAAGUACAUUCUUUCUGAGCUUGGAUCGCCUGGAAAAAGUGGUUCUUUUUUCUAUUAUUCGAGAGACUUCAGAUUUAUCAUCAAAACCAUACAUCAUUCGGAACACAAGCAGUUGCGCAGGAUUUUGAAGGACUAUUAUCAUCAUGUGAAAAGCAACCCAAAUACGCUCAUAUCGCAAUUCUAUGGGCUACAUCGUCUCAAGGUCAGAGGUAGUAUUAAAAAAGUUCAUUUCAUCGUCAUGAACAAUCUAUUUCCCCCUCAUAGAGACAUACAUACAAAGUACGAUUUGAAGGGCUCUACCUGGGGUAGAUAUACCAAGAUUCCACCUGACAAAGAGGGCCUACUCGAUUCCUCGCACACAACUUUGAAGGAUCUUAAUUGGCUUGAGCAAAAGGAGAAAAUCAUGUUUGGCCCAAAGAAACGCCGAAUAUUUUUAGAGCAGCUUCGUGCAGAUGUCCAGUUCUUGAAGAAUAUCAAUGCCAUGGAUUAUUCUUUGCUUCUUGGAAUCCACGAUGUACAAAAGGGAAAUUCCAAUACUAUCACCAACCUUUCGGUUUUCGACCCCAAAUCUAACAGCAAGAAUGAUUUGAUCAAGACUAAUCCUAGAGACAUUGAUCGCGAAGCUGACCUACCUGCCCGAAACUUCCCUGGACGGUCCAAAUAUAUUUUCUACGGACACGAUGGCGGGAUACGAGGAACAAAUGAGGAGAACGAGCCCACGAGAGUCAUCUAUUACUUAGGCAUCAUCGACUGCUUAACUCAUUACUCGAUAAGGAAGAAGCUCGAAACUCUAUUUAGAUCUGUUGGUCAAAACCGAAGUACGAUCUCUGCUGUUCCCGCAAAAGAAUACGGUGAUCGAUUUUUCCAAUUUAUUCAGAAAAGCGUCUCAAAUUUAAAAAGCAAAGAGGCCUAA